AUGACAAAGAUCGACGAGCGAGGCUCUGAUGAGAAUACUCCAAUGGACACUGUGGUUGCUAAGAAAAAUAAUGAAAGAGUAACUGUUAAGGAGCUGAAUCGUCUUAUCUCCGAUGUACAGGAGUGCCCGUCACAGGCAGAAAGUAACUGGUAUGUAGUCAGUAAUACACGGUGGUCGAAAAUUCUAGACGUUGAAGUUACGAAGUUGAUAGUUAACUUGCAACUCAUGACAGGCAUGUACUCCUCCGAAGACGAAGAAUAUACUCCAAACUACCUCAAUCUCUCCUCUCCUUUUCUCGAUAAGGAAGACGUAGAUAAAGAGAAUGUUCCUUCGGGUAGUUCCAUCGGCACUCCAUCUAGUAGUCAGGCCAAUGUGCCGUCGAGCAGUUGA